CUUCAGGAAGCUGGCUCUGCAUUGUGAUCUUGAGCGAGGAAAGAGGAAAUAAAGAAACGGGGGUGAGGGUUGUAAACGAGGCGCGAGUCCUAAUAUAUAUUCGGUUCGGUGUGUCCUUCGAAGAAUGACGUCGUCAUUUGCGACAUCGGGUGGACGUGGCGACUUGGUGAUCCGUAUACGUCGGCUCUAUUAUUGACUCGGGGGUUGGUCCGACAUGACGAGAGGUUCGACUCGGAGUGAUUUCGCCAGAUGGCACAGUAUGUGCGGUCCACCCUCCCAGGAAUGCUCUCGGUGAGGAUCCUACCAACGUUGUCGUGUCCUACAGGUUCGUCCACGACGCUAAGCGCGGCCGACGAUAGGUAGGAGUACGCUAAACGACGAGUACGUUAUCUUGAAGGUGUGAACGUACGAACGCGCGCGAGCACAUCCGCGCGUGCAAGUGGUUAUCGCGCGGGGGCGGAAGCGAUACGGAAAGUCCAUUUUGAAACGUUGUGUUGCGUCGGGAGAUAGAGGACCAAGGGAUGCAACGAUCCCCUUACGUCGCGUACGUUAUCUCCGGAAGAAUUCGAGCGGGUCAGCGGCGUCGCCGGAAGUCUUGCUGGAUCAUCAGACGGUGCUGAGCGGAACACCGAGUUCGAGCUUGGAGAUAACGCGGAUCGACCCUCGGGAGUGCCGUCCACCAUUUUGGACGUUGAGCGGAGGUUAUUCUGUAUCUCUUCCGAAGGCAUCAAAAAAUCCAACCUUGUCGAAAAUUAUAGCCACGUUUUCUCACGAAGUGAUCUCUCCUCUCUCGCGCCCUCACAUCUCUUCCUCUCCUUUCCUCGCCGCUUCGCAGUGUCGCAUAGAAGUCGUUCGAUAAACAAGAAAGAGCGAGCGCUUUUUGAAGAGAAAUUGGCAUCGCGACGACGCGACGUCGCACAGGAAUCAGCUGGACCAAAACACAGUGUUUUUUUGUCGGGAAAAACCCUGAAAUAUAUCCGACGCAGCGAGACUGGAGCCAUUUUUAUGCGCUGCAUGUCGGGAGGAGCGGCUCUCCCGCUGUGGAAACUGGGUUACCGCGUCGCUUCCGUUCGAAUUCCUUGUCCGCUUGUCGCCCGAAGGUUCGUUUGAAUUCGCGUACCUCCCAAAAUUUAAAAAAAACGUGCUUUCCUUGUCCGGAAAAAAAAUUCUUUCACGCACAGUGAUAACGCGGGAACCCGAUGAAGAAAAUUCCACCAGAGAGAAAAGGCGUGGGGUUUGGGUCGCUUCGAAAGGAAAAGUUGUGCCGUCUAGUGAUCGGUAUUUUUCUCGGUAGAGAGAAAAUUAUAUUAGAAUGAAGGGCCACGAAUUGACACGUUAAAACACACAACGAACGGUGUUUCGGACGGAAACUGGUUGAAAAAAUUUCGUUCGAAAACAAAAAAGAGAGAAGAAAUCAUCUCCGUACAUUGUGGAUUUACGCGCUAAAGGAAGAACAAAACGUGUGUCUUAGGGUUUUGGUGCGGAUCAGCAGUGCGCGGCGAACAUCGAUUCGACACACAAUUUCAAUAUGAUUGUUGAUGAGAAAUAUCAUGCGGGAAAAGCAGUGUGGACCUAUCGAUUGAAGAAAAGUGCAUUGUAUUCAGGCGAACUUCGUGGCGACUAUUAUGGAGACAGAAAAGACGCGUGGAUGAUCACCGCGUUAAAAGUGGGUGGACAGUCGUUCAGACGUUUGAGAUUGAAUAUACUGUGAGAAUGGGACAGUAGUUGAUUCGGUGAACCGAUUUGGUGAAUCGGUGUGUUGUGUUGAGAAACACAAGGAGGUGUUGAGAGAAAAACAAAAGCGUGUGUGGAUCUGCCCUAUAUUCGGGGACGAGGAGAAAAGCAGGUGCGGAUAUAUAUAUAUAACCGACCGAACUUAUUCGGAAGAAAAAGAUGUGCGAGUAACGCGGACUGGGUUGCGAUAACGCAACAUGGUUUCUGGGGUUUGGGAUGAGAACGAGGUACUUUGUGCGAAUAGAAUUGAUGGAAAAUCAAUGGACUCGUUGAGAAAUAUUGAGCUAAUGAAAACGAUUGAAUUUUUUUUUUUUUUUUCAUUGAGAGAAGAGAAAUGGUGAGAGACAAAAACUAUGUGCGGAUCGAUCAGUGUUUACACUGAGGAUUGUUGUGCUGAGGAUAGAAAAGUGCGAGGAAAAGUGUGCGAAUAUCUCGAGCGAGUAAAUGUGCGACACAACUUGUGUUUGGGUGAUGGGGACAAACAUUUUGUUUUGAGGUUUCUUAUUGAGGAGACGAAAAGAGGAAAGAAUAAUGUGCCUAUAUAAUUAACAUCAAAUGUUUAAUCACACACAUACACCAAGGAGACAAAUAAAUUGCGGAUUUGCAAAGGGAGGGCAAGUACACAUCUGUGAAAGUUCAGUGCGUCAAUUCGCUGCGUUGGUGAAAAUGUCUCGCGGAAAAGAAUGAAAUUUAUUAUUUCGAUUUAUUAGUAACAAAUUGGCGUGUUUUGAUUUAAGAAAUAUCCAAAAUAAAAAAAAUGAAAAAUGUAAAGUUUGUUGGCUGGAAAAAUGUCAUCCGCAAAGGAAGUGUUCUUGAUCUUCGGAGAAACUCGUUGUCGAGAAAAUUUACGAAUUAUUCUCUCGAUUAAGUAAUGUUCUUCUUGACGAGAAGAAAAAUUGCAACGUACGAAUUCGUAAUGAAAACAGUUGCGGGAAAGAUUGGGAGAAAAUUGACGAAGGAUAACGGAGAGUGAUGAUGAUCAAUGGAUCUUGAUGAAGGGAGGAUGAAUCUGAUUGGAUCUUGGUUAGAAAAAAACAGUUGCCAAAUGUAAACAUUCUUCCGAAGACACGGCCGGACGUUAGACGGACAGGCGUCGGGAAUUGUAAGAAACGAUGAAGUUCGAGUGAUUCCGAGCGGCGAGCCGAGUAGUAGUUUUAAAUGUUUUUUUGUAUGUCAGUGAGAGAUCGAUUGGUGCGCUGAUUAGUUAGUGCUACGUCGAAAGUGUUUCCCCUGAUUUCCCCUCGCUAAAGGAUUACGCGUGGCAGCCGGUUCAUUCCGUUUUUCAAGACAAUCUUUGGCAUGCGUACUACGGGAGAAUCGAGCGUAGGGCUCGUUCCGGGACUGGCGAAGGGAUCAAAGGAGGAGGGUCGUCUGUACGCUCUCGAGCGGUUCGACGGCUAGUGAGCACGACAGGGCGAGCAACCCCCUUGCCGGCGACCAGCAACCCUCUCGUCCGUCACUGUCGACGAACAACAGAACAGAUGUCCUGACAGUGGGCCCCGGGCCACCAGGAUGCCGACAGACGACGACUAUGGCCGAAGAGAUCGUCUUCUGUUGCACCAACAUCCGAUCGCUCAGUACGGGUCCUCGUCAUCCCCGCUUCCCGGAUCGAGCGCGCCAAGUUCCGGCAGUGUGGGGACCCAGAUUGGACUCAGCAACCCCAAUGACUGCUUUAAGCAGCAAACGCAGCAGCAGCAGCAGCAGCAGCAGCAGCAGCAGCAGCAGCAGCAGCAGCAAUCGUCGGAUUUGCGUGCGGUCACAAGCGCCGCGAACCAGCUGGGCCAGGAGCGUUAUCAAUCGGAUCAGCAGACACAAAGCAGCGAGCAUGUUGGGGCCCGAAUGGUCGACAGGCACGAGAAAUCCGCGGAGAAGUCCACGAUCGACUUCUCCAAAUGCGGAGAGAAUCAUCCGCCAAGUUGUGAACGUUUUGGACAUUAUCAGGCCCAAAGCGUCAACGAGCAUGUGGGGGGCCGAAUGGUGGAUGAGCGGCACGAGAAGAUCGUGGACAAGUCUUGUAUCGAUUACUCGAAGUGUGGAGAGGGUCGUCAACCGAGUUGCGAGCGUUUCGGACAUUACCAGACUCAAAGUGGCGAUCAGGCCCAUGUCGGUGCUCGAAUGGCCGAGCGGCACGAGAAGUCAUCCGAGAAGUCCUCGGUUGACUUCACCAAGUGCAGCGCUGACGGUCGGCAGUCGGGUUGCGAGCGUUUCGGACAUUAUCAGACUUCGACGUUCGGUCAGUCCCCUUUGCAGGGACACUACGGCGGCAGUGUGCACACCGGUGCCGAUCGUUUCGCGCGAUUCAACGACCUCAGCGUUCUGCACGGCGAGCAACGGCCUCCGAACGAUCGUUACUCGGUCUGCAACCCGGAGCUACGCUUCGACAAAACGGUUACAAGCGGAUCCGGCGAGUACGCGAACGCGAACGCGCUCGCGGGCCCUUUCGCCUCGGAGACGUUCCCGUCGCCACCGUCGCCGGCACCGGCGAACGACCGCUUCGUCCCGCCACCGCCAUUAUCGCCCAGUCCAAGCGAGAAGUAUGCCUCGAGCCAGAGCCUGGCUGAUUAUUCUGUUACUGAUCGUAUUCUGCCCCCCAAUUCUCCGGGGCCGAAGUAUAGUACCGACGGCGGCGCUUCACCAUCGCCGAUGUCCGCAAAGGAGCGCUUCGCCUCCGCCGAACGGCUGCUGGCCAGUCAACAAUCAGCUACAGCUGAUGCCAAGGAUCAACAACGCUACGCUGGACCGGACCGUUUGCUUUCCGGCUCCUCGCCAGUCUUGGGACAGCUUCAAGCGGGACUUCAAACGGGACUUCAAAGUACCGGGGUCUACGCUAAGGAUACUCGCUAUGUUGCCAUUUCCGCGGAUAGGAUACUAUCUUCCUCACCGAUACAUGCUCCGGUGCCAGAGAGAUUCGCCAGCAAGUCGGAAAGGUAUUUGGGCGAAUCACCCAUACACGAUAGGUAUUCCCGACAAGAUCCACCUGCGACAGCGCAUCAUGAGAGGUAUUCAACGAUGGCGACGACUACCGAGAGGUUCCUCUCGAAUUCGACUAAUUCUGAGAGCGCGCAUCAGCGCUAUUCAUCGUCAGACCGCUCGUCUCUUCAAACUUCUUCCAGCAAUACAGAGCAAAACCGACGUCUCUACACCGAUAGAGGUGUCGAGACAGUUUGUCAGAAAUAUACCGAUCGUUCCAUCGGCUCUCCGGCGUCCACCGAUUUUGCUCGAUAUCCCGGCUUCCUGGACGUUAGCAAUCAAACGCGAUAUUCCUCCAGUAAUGAUCGUUUCAACGACCUCGCUUUGCAACGUUGCAGCCAAUCGCGGUCGACCGACAGGUUCUCUAACGAUCGAUACUUGGCUGGAUCAUCACCCGCGCACGACGGCCGAUUGUCCAGUACCGAAAAUCCGCGUUACAUCGUUUCUUCUACCGAACGUUUGUUGGCGCCGACGUCCUCCUCGCCAUCCUCCUCUUCGGAGACUGGCACCAGGUAUCACUCGCCAUAUACAACGACUACCAGUAGCCAAUCGUCGACGUCGAACGAACGUUUCGCGUCAAUUUCGCCGACACCCGAAGCGUCGUCGAAUGUUCAUCGGAACGUCGGCGGCGGGUAUCAAAACGCGAAAAGCACCGUUGACAAAUAUCUGGUAUCGAAGUCGGUCCAGAGCAGCUACGAUCGUUACUCGGUCGGGGGCCAAAACGACCACCAGUUCGGCCAGGAUCGAUACUUCGCCUCCGGCAGUAACAGCGACCGAUUUCAGCCUUCUUCCGGAACGGAUCGUUUUCACACUUCUGCCGAUCGUUAUUCACCUGUACGCAGCGUCGCUGAUAAAUAUCUAUCCCUUCCGAAGCCCAAGGACAGGUUCACUGGCCGUAUAACGCCCAUCUCCUGCGCGACCGCUAUCGCGACGUCUUCCACCGACCGCACCUAUUGCUCGUCCAGCGUGAGUUACGUACCUCCUACUGCGCACACCCCCGUCGAACGCUAUGUACCCCAACCGCCUCCCGAAGUGCUCUAUCCAGAAAGAUACGUGGACAGGUAUCCUACGGCGCAUACGCCCACCGAACGAUACGUGCCCGCGAGUGACGAUCCGUACAUGCGUCGAGACCUUGGUUUUCAUCAUCACUAUCGGCCACAACCGCCCGCCGGUUACCUGUAUCAAACGCAUUUGCGAUUUCGCGGAUUCGCGUACGCGACAUCCGGCCGAUUGGGCGGUAGUCCCGGAUCAAGCAGUUCCAGCAGCACGGCGUCUAAUCAACGCGAAACAUUUACAACGUCACCGUUGCUGCGGCCGAAAGUGCGCGCGUCCGCGGUUGAAUUCGGUGCUGCCGCUGGUAGUGUUGGCGUCGCGACGACUACAACGACGACCGGCGUCGGCCGUCACGUGUGCGCGGCUGCCUGUUGCGGAGACACGUCUGCCAAUGGCAGAGCCUGUUGCCAGAUGAGAAGAUCUCUACCACCUGGGACACUACCGACAAUACCCACACAAACUUCUUCAUGGUAA